AUGCUCCGGUGGAGUUUGGGUUUCGGGAAAAACUGCAAAUUUCCCUGCAAUCACCAUAGUAAUCUAGGGUUUAGACACAAUCAAAGAUACAGUUUAGUUAACGUAAAAUUGAAAUGGGUGAAGGAUAAUGUACUAGAUUCUGUUGUAACCGGUGAGAGAGAGCUCAGAGCAGCCUGGGUAAUCGUGUCAGUUAUAGCAGCCGACCCUGGUUGUUGCCUCCCCAUCUACCGUCUCUCCGGCCGGCGGAGAGGCCAACUGGGUCUUCCCGAAGACCUCAAAGUUUCCACCUUUAUGAGAAGAUACCCAAAUAUCUUCGAUGAAUUUCAUCUUCCUGACACCGGUGGCACUCUUGUUCCCUGGUUUAGAUUAACCCCAGAUGCUAUUCGACUAAAUCAAGAAUCCAUGGCGGUUUUCCAGCAAAAUCAGAAAGAUUUCCUCGCUAGAAUCUCAAAGCUUCUUCUCCUAACAAAAGACACGAUUCUUCCUUUACAUACAAUCGACCAAUUGAAAUGGGAUUUGGGUUUGCCUUACGAUUAUCUCGAUUCUUUCAUCUCAAAAUACGAAAAUAUGUUCUCUUUGAUUCCUCUUCCCCACAAUCGUCUCGCCUUAAAACUCAUAACUCCACCCAAUGAGCUUCCCCUUUCCCAAUUAGAAACGAAUGCAGAAGAAGACGAUGUUAAAAAUGGUAGAUUAAGUUUCAAUGUGGGAUUCCCACGGGGAUUUGGGUUAAAUCGGAAAUCAAUGAAGUGGUUGGAGGAAUGGCAGAGGCUCCCAUACACAUCGCCAUAUUCCGAUUCCAGUCAUUUGGAUCGAAGGACAGAUGUUUCCGAGAAGAGAAUUGUCGGAGUAUUUCACGAACUUUUACAUCUCACGGUUGAAAAGAAAACCAAUCGCCGGAAUGUGAGCAAUCUCCGGAAUCCAUUGAAUCUUCCUCAGAAAUUCACAAAGGUUUUCGAGCGUCAUCCCGGGAUUUUCUACAUCUCAAAGAAGAACAACACCCAAACGGUUGUUCUCCGUGAAGCUUAUGAUCGUCAUCAACUUGUUCAGAAACACCCGAUCUCUGAAAUCAGGGAGAGGUUUCGAUGUUUGAUGAAGGAAGGGUUUCUGGAUAAAAGCCGAGGGUUAUAUAAGAAACAAACUGCUGCCAAUUCCAAUUCCAAUCCCAAUUCCGGUGAAGAUGUUUUUGAAAAUGGUUUUGAAUCGGGGGAGGAAUCAGAGGGUCAUAUGUUUUCGGAUUAUGAAUCUGAUGAAACCGCUCAUCUUUUCCGAUUGUGCGAAUAG